GGACGGUGCACAAAGAAAUUCUCUUUCUAGAUCCAGCCACAGAGCAGUAAACUGACAACCAAGAAGCAGUGGCAACUUGGUAAUUUCAGGGCAGUCGUGGAGGUGAUAUAAAUGCAUCUACCUUGCGCUCGGCCAACCCCCUAUUGGGAUUUGGGGUUUUGCCUAGGGUUUUCAUUCAGCGGCGCCCUCUCCGUUUUCUCCUCCGAUCGCAUUGCCAUGACCGCCCAGACGCAAGAGGAGCUCCUCGCUGCUCACCUCGAGCAGCAGAAGAUCGAUUAUGAUGAGCCUGUGGUUGAAGAUGAGGAUGACGAUGAAGAUGAUGAGGAUGAUGAUGACAAAGAUGAGGAUGACGCCGAAGGACAAGCAGGCGAUGCUAGUGGAAGAUCAAAGCAGAGCAGAAGUGAGAAGAAGAGCCGUAAAGCCAUGUUGAAGCUUGGGAUGAAACCUAUUCCUGGUGUCAGUCGUGUCACCGUAAAGAAAAGCAAGAAUAUAUUAUUUGUCAUUUCGAAGCCAGAUGUUUUUAAAAGUCCGACCUCGGACACCUAUGUUAUAUUUGGGGAGGCAAAGAUUGAGGACCUGAGCUCUCAGCUGCAGACCCAGGCUGCUGAACAGUUUAAGGCACCUGAUCUGAGCCACGUGAUUUCGAAGCCUGAGACAUCUGCCAUGGCCCAGGAUGACGAAGAAGUUGAUGAGACCGGGGUUGAGCCUAAGGACAUCGAGCUGGUUAUGACACAGGCUGGAGUUUCAAGGUCCAAGGCUGUCAAAGCACUCAAAGCUGCAGAUGGGGACAUCGUUACUGCAAUCAUGGAGUUAACUAACUGAUGCGGGAUCUCUGGAGAGUUGUUUGUUGUUCAAUAGCGACUAGAUUUUGCUUUUGUGUUUCUUGUGUGGUCUGAAGGCUGAAUCCUUGCCCGUCUUUGCUGCUUAACCAGUUAGUCGCACGGACAAUUGCGUUGUAUUAGUAGUAAUGGUGCUUUUACCUUUAAUUUUUGCGGCUAUAUACAUACCAGUGUUUGGCCUGCUAUCAGGUGUUGCAGCAUGAGAUGACAAAUUUCUGUAUAAAGAUCAGAGCCAGGAUCUUGGUAGGCUGGUAUUGGUGAAAACAGAAGUGAAUGAUUUUUUCUUCCUAUGUUAUGGAAAAGGGUUUAACAAUACCAGAUUGCAUUCGUGACACCAA